AUGGCGGGAAACCUCGAUCAACCCCUCAAAUUAUCAAUAUCCCUCGAUAAACCCCUCGACGAGAUCAUCGCGAGUCGAAGGUCGAAAGACGGCGGCGGUCACGGCGGCAAGUCGCAUCGCCGGCGUAACCCGCGAAACGACACGCCGUACGGCGACGGCGUGAACCACAUUAAGGGCGUCUCCGUCGCGGACAUCGCGAACGCGCCGAGCGGCGAGCGCACGCUCAAGGUGUCGUCCACGACGCCCCCGAAGAAACUCGCGGGAAGCAUCGCCCUCGUCUGCGACGGCGGCUGUGGCGAGGCGCCGCUGCUCCUCCCCCUCGGCGCGGCGUGCGUCAACCAGGCGACGAAAGCGAUCGCGAUCGCGCGACGGGACCUCCUUCGCAGACCCGCGGCGCUUCUGGACGACGCCGCGGACGACGACGAGUGGGAGCCGACGUUCCUGUCGUGCUUCCCGGGUUUCCGCGACGACUCCAAGCGCGCGGUCUCGAUGCAGUGCGACAAAGAAGCGAAAGCGCCGUGGGCGGGCGCCGCGGACGCGACGCUCACGAUCGCGAGCGGAACCAACCCCGCGACGCUCGCGGGCGCGAUCGCGGGGAAAGUGCGGCAGGGGAUGAAAGUCGCCGCGCGCGCGUGCGGCGCCGACGCGGUGUCCAACGCGGUGUUCGCCGUCGCGCGCGCCCGCGAAUACCUCGCGGACGACGGGAUAGACGUGUACUUCGUCCCGGAGUUUGACAAGGAAAUCGUGAGGGGGGAGGGGGAGGAGACGCGGACGGUGAUAGUGUUUAGGAUAUGCAAGGCUGCGGGGAGCGCGCCGACGCCGCUGGUCGCGGACGAGGAGGAGUGAGGACCUUCUGUGCGUUUCUUUACGUAGCCAUUCAGUUUUUUUCGUGCGUUGCCAAACAGAAC